GUAUAAAAUUGCUAGGCGCAUUAUGGGAAAGUGCACAAGGUGCCCAGGAACUAAGUGCCAACUAGUGCUUGGACAUAUUUACAAAAAUCAAGCCUUAAAGAUUAUAGGUGAUCAGAUAGCUUUGUCAAGUAUUCAAAAACUUCCACAUCUUCAAACAUUCUUUACAGGAGCUUGGACAAGCUAUGAAUUUCAUGAAUAUAGAUUUAUGAUUUAUAUCAGGUUACGGAACAAUUAG